AUGAGAAGAGACGUUUGCAGUGGCUUGGCAUUCUUGUUCUACAUUGCCCUCCUGGUGUCCAUGGCAAGAGCACGUUGUGCAGGGGCAAGAGUUGUGUCACCUGUGGUUGCUCCUGCUGUACCUUCAUCAACAUCUCUGUCGGUAGUAACAGAUCACAAGAACUUGGAUCCUUUCUCCAGUAGCAAGAGAAGAGUUCCCAAUGGCGCUGAUCCUAUUCACAACAGGAGAGCUGGGAAGUCAGGGAGGCCUCCAGGGAGAGCAUGAUGAGAACCAGAGGCUGGAGCAUGGAAACUUCACCUGUUUGGAAGAUGGAUUAGAGAAUAUAUACACAUUCAUGUAGCCAAUAGGCCCUCUCUUGACUGCAGCAUUGGCCAUAAAACACUUGCUUUUGCCAAAGUAAUUUUCUUUAUCAAGUUUAUUAAAGGUGAUGAAGCUUCCCUCACCAAAGAAACACCUCCCGAGAUUCUUGAAGAAGAAGAAAACAAAGAGCUUUUGCAGUUGCUUUAAUGACAGAGAGAUAUCAGCAGCUUGAUUCGCUAAAGAAGGAAUUAACAACUGAACAAGGACAAGCAAAUGAUGCAGGAAGAGCAGAGACAACAUAUGUAUUCAACUAACAUUCUGGCUUCUUGUUUGUUUCUUGGAUUUCAUUAGUGGAUUCUAACUUUUGCUUUUGUUUCA